ACUCUCUACGGUGGAAUGGAUUUUCAGAGCGCUAUGGACACGUUUGUAGAGGCAUGGAUGGCUGCUAACACGAAGACGGAUCAAGUACAGAGCCAAGCUUUGGCAUUGACACACAAGGCCUCUCCACCUUCGAGGCCGAGCAGCGUGUCUUCAUUACCCAGGAGCCCUCAGUCUCACCAGUCCCAACAGUCCCAGUCGCAGAACGCUGCACAACCACCGCCGGUUCAUCCUCAUCAGUCGCAGACGCCACUGAGCGCACCCCAUACACCGUUUUCUGUGCAUAAUCAACAUCCGAAGCAAGAAGCUAACACCAGCCCCAAACAGGAAGGAUUUGAUCUCAGCAAGUCUACCUCCAGCACCGGAAAGAAUCUCCCAGUGCAUUGUGUGGUAGAGACGAUUCACAAUAUCGUCGAGAGUCAUGUGAGCAACUCCCGUGAGAACUGGCGAAGGCCUCAAGUAGAAACGGACUCGUAUGUGAUCAUCCCUGUGGCCAUGCCUUUCCAGGAUUUAGUCGGCGAGGCAUUGGUGCGUCUCGGUUACUCCAGUGACCUGAUAUCAAGCGCUAGGGGAAGCAUUGUCAUAAGGAACUGGAAACCACUGCCAAUGGAAAAAGUCGCGGAUGGUCCGCUGUUAACAGUUGGUGAUAUCCUAGCUGAACUGACGUCGGUCGCGACAUUAAAGAUUCAAGUGUAUAGAUCGAGACCACCUCCUCCCAGUCCCGCUGCAGAAGUUAGAAAUAAGUUGUUAAGACUCCUGUUACUCCAUAGUCACGCGCUUCUAGUUUCUGCUGGUUGUCCUCUGGAUGAGAUGACAUUACUGUCUCUAUGCAGGGGCGGAAACGAAUUAUCCGAGGAGACCAAGCGAAACUUCGAGUCGUGGUUGCAGCAGCAACAGUUGGGCUUGGGUCUAAACCCGAUCGUACCACCCACGAACCACCAUCACCACCAUCACACGCAGAGCCCCCAGCCGGACGGUGGCGCUAGCAUCGGCUCUUCGGGCGGCGCGAUCGGUCCUCCGCAUCCUGCGCUCCUUCAAUAUUCCCAUAAAACCAGGAUGAGAACGAGCUUUGACCCAGAAUUGGAGCUGCCGCGUCUUCAACGGUGGUUCGGCGAGAAUCAACACCCGUCGCGACAACAAAUACAACAUUACGUCUCGGAAUUAAAUUCUUUGGAGUCUCGACGGGGCAGGAAGCCGCUGGACGUGAAUAAUGUUGUCUACUGGUUCAAGAACGCACGAGCCGCACAGAAAAGGACCGAGAACAGAGCUGUCAAUGGUUACAGUCCACCUGGGCUUAGUCCGAGAGGCGCCAGUAUUGUCAGCGAAGAUUGCUCGGACGAGGAAGAAGACUCGAGACAUCAGUCCGCCUCGCCAUCUCCCUGUCCGCCCGGAAGUCCGCCGGUCGGUCCACUAUCCCUGACAACUAGACCAGAGGAUCAGCAACCUCCACCCUCAACGCCCUCGUCCGUGAAGCAGGAGGACGCCAGAGUCUCCUCCGGUUCCGAGGACGAGGAGGCAAGGCCGACUGGCCCGUUGCCGCCUGGAUUCUCUCUGGUACCGAGUCCGAUGUUCGGCCACGGAAUUAUGUAUAUGUCACCUUAUUUGCCGCCACGCGGCCCCGCUGGCUGUUCAACCAGCAUGCUAGACGAGAGGAGGAAGAGGAACCGGACAUUCAUCGAUCCCGUGACGGAAGUGCCGAGGCUCGAGGCUUGGUUCACCCACAAUACUCAUCCCAGUCACGCGCUAAUUCUGAAAUACACAGAGGAGCUGAAUCGGAUGCCGUAUCGGCAGAAAUUUCCUCGGCUGGAGCCGAAGAACGUGCAAUUCUGGUUCAAGAAUCGACGUGCCAAGUGCAAACGCUUGAAAAUGGCCCUGUUCGAGGGCGAAUCGCCGCAGCCCCAUCCGUAUCACGCGGACUAGCCCCGUUCCCCAAAUCAAGUAACGUAAAUUAGAGAUACAGCCAGGGACGCAGGAAGGCGUUCU